AUGGCCAUACCACACCCCUCUAAAGGUUUAUAUAAGAGUCAACCGAACCCUAUUUGGUCUCUUGUUGCCGUCAAUAACAAAAACAACAACAAUGAGGACGAGAUAAUAGCCCUCCCAGGUCUUAAAGACAAAAUCAAUUUCAAACAAUACUCGGGUUAUUUGAAUAUACCGGAUGGUAAACACUUAUUUUACUGGUUUGUCGAGAGUCAGACCAACCCGGAGUCUGCACCGGUAGUCUUAUGGCUUCAGGGAGGACCGGGUGGUAGUUCACUAUUUGGACUGUUGGUCGAAAACGGACCGUUUCGUGUCGAUGCCGACGGAAAGUCGCUGCAUCUGAACCCUUACAGUUGGAAUAGUGUGGCCAAUAUGCUGUACAUUGAGGCACCGGUAGAUGCGGGCUUCAGCUAUAAGGAUGAUAAAAAAUAUUUGAAUAACGACACCACAGUUGCCACUGAUAAUAGACUGGCUUUAGUAGAGUUUUUCAAAAAAUAUCCAAACCUUCAAAAAAAUCCAUUUUAUAUAACCGGUGAAAGUUAUGGCGGGGUUUACGUACCAAUGUUGGCCAAAGAGAUAUUUCAGACUAAAACUGAUAUUAAUUUAAAAGGUAUUAGCAUUUGUAACGGUAGACUAUCGGGUUGGGAUUUUUUGGGCAAUCAAUCGGUGUACGACAUGCUUGUCGGUAGCGGACAGUUGUCUAUCGAGUCGUACGAACGCAAGAUAGAGGCCUGUUGUCAGUGCGCUGCUGACGGCCAUACCGUACGCGAGUGUGACUUCUCUAAGCCAGUAAACGCCACUAAAUGUAACCAAGCACAGUUAGAAUUGGGUAGUGUACCAAAUGCCUAUAACAUAUACGAUGAUUGCGGCGGACUCGACGAUGACUACCUGUCCGCAAUGUUUGACCGGUAUUAUCGUUCCCGUUUCGAGGCACUGGGCAUAGUUACAAUGCAAGCUCAACCAGCUCAACAACACAUUGCUAACAAACUUAAUUGUCCUAAAAAUGGUUAUACCGAUUAUCUGAAUACACCGGCCGUACAGCAGGCCAUACACGCGCACAGACCUGACAAAUCUAGGUGGACGGCCUGUUGCGGUGAGUAUAACAUACUGCAGGGGCUAACACCACAACACGAUAACAUACGCGACCUGAUCGACAAGUAUGGCCUCAAACGGGUGACAGUAUAUAACGGCAAUUUUGAUUUGAUCUGCGAUUUUAUUGAAGAUCAACGAUUUGUUGAAGCACUCGGCUAUCAGCGUCAAGGCCUUUAUAGUCACUGGACAGUUGAUGGAAAGCCUGACGGUGUGAUCGGUGGUUACAUUGAACGCUACGAAAAGGGAUUGCAGUUUGUUUUGGUCAGAGGUGCCGGACAUAUGGUUCCCAAAGAUAAACCCGAGGCUGCUUUUCAAGUGUUUAAGGAUUUAUUAGGAAUUGAAAAAUUGUAA